AUGGAGGUGCAGAAGAUCGGGUACACGAAAAUAAUUUUAUCCCAAAAUUCUAGAGAGUUCACAAACAUCGUUGCAAUGUUCAGCAACACGAUCUCCGACCAUACAGUGAAGAACAUUUGGCAGAUUCAGAACUCCGUCCUCUGGGAGCGCUAUAAUCGACAAAAGGAUCAGAUGAAGAGUAAAACUCUGAGCAGCACCGUGAACGAGCGCCAGCUGUUUCAUGGCACAUACCUUGCCAACAUUGAUGCCAUCUGUAGAGAAAGCUUCGACUGGCGUAUCUGCGGUACUAACGGCGGCGAGUACGGACAAGGAAGUUACUUCGCCAGGGAUGCGUUGUACGCCCACAAAUGCUCUCCGGUCGGCUCCUUGGGGACACGGACCAUGUUUGUGGCUCGUGUGCUGGUCGGCCAUUUUAGCAAUGGGAAUCCCACGCUGAGACGCCCGCCUCAGAAAUACGGCAGCAGCGAGACUUACGACUCCUGCGUGGACAACGUCUACAAUCCGUCCGUCUUUGUGGUGUUUGAAAAACAGCAGGCGUACCCGGAGUUCAUGGUGGAGUAUGAGGAAAGGAAGACGCCGUGCAUUGUUAACUGA